CGCGGGGGCCGUGCGCCGGGGUAGCGGGAUGUGCGCGGAGAGCUGCCGGCAUCUCUGCCGCGCGGGACGGAGCCGCGGGAGCGACGCUGGAGGGGUGAAGUCUCCGUAUGGCCGCCCGCAUGGAGCUGAGCAGCGCGGAAGGGGCAUCCACCCGGUUCCUCGGCCUCACUCAGCGCUCUGUCUCUGAAGAUCUGGGUUGCAGACGCGGAGAGUUUAGCAGAAAGCAUUAUGGAUCUGUGGAGCUUCUUAUAUCUAGUGAUGCUGAUGGAGCCAUUCAAAGAGCUGGACGGUUCCGUGUGGAAAAUGGCUCCUCUGGUGAGAAUACAGACUAUGCUCCAGGUACAUGGCACAGAACAGAUGUGCAUUUGGAAAACCCAGAGUAUCAUACAAGAUGGUACUUCAAGUAUUUUUUAGGGAAAGUUCAUCAGAAUUAUAUAGGUACAGAUGCAGAGAAGAACCCUUUCUUCCUGUCUGUUGUACUGUCUGACCAAAAUAAUCAGCGCAUUCCUCAAUAUCAUUCAAUACUUUGGAGAAAAACAGGUACUCAGAAAAUAUGUCUCCCUUACAGUCCCACAAAAACAUUAUCAGUGAAAUCUAUAUUAAGUGCUAUGAGUCUUGAUAAAUUUGAGAAGAGCCCAAGAGAAAUUUUUCAUCCUGAGAUACAAAAGGAUUUAUUGGUUCUUGAAGAACAAGAGGGAUCUGUGAAUUUUAAAUUUGGGGUCCUUUAUGCUAAGGAUGGUCAGCUUACUGAUGAUGAAAUGUUCAGUAAUGAAACUGGAAGUGAAAGUUUUCAACGAUUUUUGCAUCUCUUGGGUGACACAAUUACUUUGAAAGGCUGGUCAGGCUACAGAGGAGGACUGGACACUAAAAAUGAUACAACUGGAACCUGUUCCAUCUAUACAGUUUUUCAAGGUCAUGAAAUUAUGUUCCAUGUUUCCACCAUGCUACCAUAUUCUAGAGAGAACAAGCAGCAGGUAGAAAGGAAGCGACAUAUUGGAAAUGACAUUGUCACUAUCAUAUUUCAGGAAGGUGAAGAGUCUUCUCCAGCAUUCAAGCCAUCCAUGAUUCGCUCUCAUUUUACACAUAUUUUUGCUUUAGUGAGAUACAAUAAGCAGAAUGAUAGUUACAGGCUGAAAAUAUUUUCAGAAGAAAGUGUUCCUCUCUUUGGGCCUCCCCUUCCAUCCCCACCUGUAUUUACAAAUCACCAGGAAUUCAGGGAUUUUGUGUUGGUGAAAUUAAUAAAUGGUGAAAAGGCCACCUUGGAAACACCAACAUUUUCUCAGAAACGUCAACGCACUCUAGACAUGCUGAUCCGCUCUUUAUACCAGGACAUGAUGCCUGACCUGCACAAGGGAAAUAACAUGCUUAAUAGAAGAUCCUUCAGUGAUGUGUUACCAGAGUCCCCAAAAUCAACACGGAAAAAAGAGGAAGCUCGACAAGCAGAGUUUGUUCGGCUUGGUCAGGCAUUGAAAUUGAAAACCACUGUGAAAGGGGAUACCACAGCUAACUUGGCAACCACAAGCUUUUGUAAAAAGGAGCCUUGGGAAUCUCAGUCUUUCUGCAGUAAUUUUCCUCAUGAGGUUGUCUGUGCAGAUUCUUGGGGCCAGUCCUUGCUGGUUUCUACAGAUGCUGGCAUCUUGUUAAUAGAUGAUGGUCAACCGUCAGUGCAAGUAUUUGAUAAAACUCUCCAAAUAAAGCAGAUGAAUGUGUUGGAAGCUCUGGAUCUUUUGAUUGCCCGAACAGACAAAGGGAAAGACUCUCGUAUCCUUGUCUUCAGACUCAGUGAUGUCCAAAAAGAUUUAGAGACUAAAAAAAUUAUAAGAAGCAAAUAUGACUGCAGAGAAAAUAAACUGGAGAGAACAAAAGGCUGCCAUUUGUAUGCCAUUAAUACUCACCAUGGAAGUGAACUGAGGAUUGUUGUGGCUAUUCGGAACAAACUACUUCUCGUCACAAAGAAAUAUAAUUCACACAACACUUUAACCAGCACCUCUCUGCUAUCAUCUCCUGAAUCACCAGUAGAGGAGUUCCAGUACAUCCGGGAAAUAUGCCUUUCUGACCCUCCGGUGGUUAUGACGCUGGUGGAUGGACCUACUGGAGACAGUGACAAUAUGAUCUGUGUAGCAUAUCGGCAUCAGUUUGAUUUAGUCAAUGAGAGUACAGGGGAGUCCUAUAGAUUCCAUCAUGUUGAAACAAACAGGGUUACUUUUGUUGCAGCAAUUGAUGUAUAUGAAGACGGUGAAGCUGGUCUGCUUUUGUGUUAUAACUAUGUUUGUCAAUACAGAAAGGUAUUUCCUUUCAGUGGAGGUUCUCGACUGGUCCAGCCAUCAGCUUAUGACUUCCACUUCAGCUGGAAUCAAGUUCCUUAUGCUGUUGUUUGUGCUUUCCCUUAUGUUCUUGCCUUCACUACUGAUUCCAUUGAGAUCCGAUUAGUGGUGAAUGGGAACUUAGUCCACACAGCUGUUGUGCCUGAGCUUCAACUUGUAGCAUCAAGGUCAGAUAUUUAUUUUAAAGCUACUGCUGCAGUAAGUGGAUCAUCUGACAGCAGCUCUAAGGAAAUGAGUUCAAAGAGCUCUCCUCAAACACCAACAGCUUACGAAAAGCCAGAACUUCCUCUUCCUUCUCUAGAAGGUGAAAUUCCAUGCAAAAACCUGUACAAAAUACCUCUCAGCAAUCUGGUUGGGCGAAGCAUUGAACGACCUCUGAAGUCACCUUUGGUUCCCAAGGUCAUCGCUACUACAACAUCGAGUAGCAUUACUUCUCUUCCAGUUAUGCAGUCACGAUCUUUAUCUCGUAUGGAAAUUAAAGAAAUUGCAAGCAGGACACGUAAAGAAUUGCUCGGCCUCUUGGAUGAGCCUAUACCCAAGACAGAAAGUGCACAGAAGCUAAAAACGGUUUCUCGAAGACAAUCAGACCCCAAGCAGGGAGCCAUAAGAUCAUCUAGUAGUGACAGGAUAAUCUCAAGUUCAUUUGAAGGCUAUUCUGAAAGACGUCAUCUUUCCACUAGUUCAGAUCCUGAUACUUUAGCAAACAGGGAGGAGAGCUCACCACCUAGCUAUCCAUUUCAGCUGAUUCCUUUAUAUGAUGAAGACAUCAUUGACUUAAAAUGAAGACCCUUUUAAAACCUCCCUUACUACACAUUUUCUUACAACUCUGUAAGCUCUAUGGCAAUGUCACAAACACUGCUUCUGGUGGUAAAAUGUGGCUGGAAGUACUGGUGAUAUAUCCUUAUAGAACCCAUGUUCUGGUUAGCACAGCCUGAUUUGGUGAUGCUUUUAUCUUUGACAUAGGUAUGUUUUCUCAGUUAAUGAAGCAUUACUUUUCGUGGCAUUCUAACAGUAGGCAAUCAAUGAGAAAUUUAGGCUGAAACUGAAGUAAACAAAAAGUAUUACUUGUUCUAAGCUGCUUAUUAAUUUGAUUUACCUAAAUGACAUGCAGCAAAGUUAAUUGCUGUAAUUACUAUUCAUGAGUUGUUUUACAACAGUGUAUGUCAUGUUGGAAGAGGAAUUUUAUAACAUAGAUCACUACUUUCAUUUUUUCGGUCUUUAAAAAACAAAACAAAACAACAACAAAAGAAGGCUUGUAGGUGCGGUCAUUUUAAGCAGUGCAGUCACUCUUUACACUGAUGCAUCUGUGGUAUGUUUACUGAAGAAUCAGGUGAGAUAUGAAGAUGGUGUUUCCUUUGCUCAUUUUUAGAGAACCUUGAAAACUCUUUUGGCAUAAAGAAUCCAUGAGCAGAGAAACUUUCUAUAGGAAACACAAACUGUCAGAAUGUUUCUCAAAAAUUGGAAAUUAAAAAAACCCUAAAAAACCCACAAACAAACAAAAAAUGCCAAAACAAAAACCCCAGUCCAUCUGCUGGAAAACUCUUAUUGUAGUGCAUCUGCAGAUUUUUCCAUUACAGGCAGAAGAGCCAACCCCAAUUGUCUUUGACUACAAAAAGAUUCUUAUGCAGACAUCAUCGUUAGCUGUUGUCUGCACUUGCACCAACAGUAUAAGUCACUAUUUCAGAUAGUUGUAUUUUUGUAAUUGGAUGCAGACUCAAAUUUCACUGCUAAUAAGCUAGUCUUCUAUGAUGAAAUAGUCAUCUUGUCUCUUAGUGUUAAAGGGCAGGGAUUUAUAUUUAAAGUUUGAUUUUUUUUUUACCCUUUCCUGUAGAACACCUUUGCAAAGAUUUUGUUUGGUUUUGGUGUUUUUUCAUGAAAGCCUUUCUAUAUAGGAUAUUUUUAGCUUUACUAACAAGUGUUUCUUGUUCCAUCUGUAGAAAUACUUCUGUGUGCUUGAUUUUAUUUCAUAAUACCACUUGUAUGUCAUGAUUUCACUUUUGUUCAAGUAUGAUCAUCUUGCAGAUGUGUGCCUUUUGCUGCCGUCAGUCUGAAUGUAAAACUGGUUUUGCAACGUGAUUUUUUUUAGUUUAUUGUAUAUAAUGGCUGAAUUGCUUCACUUGAAAAUAUGCAAGGUCUUACCUGGAAGCAUAAUUUCUUACACUCAAUUGGCGUGGCUAAUCAACACAACAAGCAAUAUUUUCAACAGUAAUUAGUCUAGGAGCAGAAGGCUAUUAUUACUUUAGUGGGUUUUGCACUCAUAGAUGUGUGGGAUGAACCUUAAUAAGCAUCUUAAAGAAAGUACCAGAUUCAAGUCUUUGCAAAAACUUGUAAUUAUUUUUUAAGAAUGUUGUUUCCAGUGAUUGUGCUAUUUUACCUUAUCCGUAUUUAUUUAGACAGUUAAGGUUUAAAACAAAAAUCAAUCAGAAAGUAUCAUGUGGUACUUAUUUUCCAGGAAGUUGUAAACACUUCUGAAUCCACUGAAUCUACUUUUGGGGUCACUGCUGGCACUUACGUAUUUUUAGAAAGGAAAAGAACCAGAUUUUUCUAUGAACAGCUUUCUCAAUGUAGUAUUUGAUUUCUGGUUUGUGGCUAUUUUUGAAGAUUGUAACAGCGUGUUGCAAAACUGGGGCUUCAGUUAAAAUUUUAACUGGAAAACUUUGCUUUAUCCUGUUAGAAUUUUGGAUUUUAAAUAUACUGCAGAUGUUCACCUGUGCUAUUAUAGCAUGAUUUAAAAUGAUUAACCAUUGUUUGAUAACAGUUGAAGCAAUAUAUGGAGAUUUUAAAACUUGUUUUGAAGAACCUGAGCAAAUACAUGCUUAAGUAUCCUGAAAGACUAGCCUUAGAGAUGGAGCACUAGGGAGAACAAGAAUGAGCUUGACAGAAAGCUUGAUUACUGGCUAUGAUGGUAGUCAGAAUGCAUAUAGAUACAGCAUUUGCAUUAUAUCAUAAACAUGAUUAUUGAAGAAAGGGCUAUAAAGCAGGAGUUAUUUUCUUGAAUCAUAAGUGAAGCAGUGGCUGUAAAGUAUUACCAUGAAAUAAGAGACUGUUGGGGGGUGGGAAUGUGGGGGCGGGGGAGGAGAGAGAGAAAGAACCUUUGAAGGUGUGCCUGUAGUUACAGCAAUGAUGACAUCUAGCAAAUUAACUAUAAGGAGUACAGAAACUGGAUUACUGAAACUAGACAAAACCAGAUCAUACUGGCUUCAUGGUACAUACCUGGAACAGGGUGUUGGUAUCAUUUGAAGAGUGAAACCCAGCAACUGCAUCCCACCCACCUCUCACCUGCUUUUAUGCUAUAGCUAGACUUAACGGGUCAGGUACAAGCUGUUAAGCAGGUCGCACUAGGAACAGCCAGACCUUAACAGACCAUUACUCAUAUAGGACAGGAAGGAGCUGAAAUCUGGAAAAAAGUUAAUGUCUUCAUUCCUAAUGUUUCCAGUAAGUCCCUUAACAAGGCUUUGACUUCUUGAGUUUUUGCUUCUGUACUUAAUCAAGAGUGUUGUAGAAGGAUAAUACCUAACGUGGCAAAAGAACUACAGAGGAAUACAUCUAGUUUGGGUUAUACACUUAGAGAUGGUAGCUGAGGCUUUAAAGUCAUGUAUAUGUAGUUUACUACCUACUUACUGUAUGAGUGCAGCCCAGAAUAUAGGUAGAAGGUAGAGAACAUGGAAAUAAUAUUCCAAUUUUAUUUUACACAAGCCACAGGAACCAAAUUCUGUGGAGAUCUUUAUCACAUUGUAUCAAAAGAACAAAUACCAACAUAAUCAUGUGAAACUGCUGGUGUAACAGGAGAAACCUCUAUUGUACAAGGAUAUGGCUUCACUGAGUUUUUAAUAGUCUGAUUAGAUCACCAUGAUUUCUGUGUCUUUUCAUGUGAGAACUAGCUUCUAGGCAUUGUUUCUCUCAAAAGAUCAUCCUUACCAUUCAGACUGCUGAUUAAAAUCUAGAGAUCAUUGGCGAUACUGAUACAUAAGCUCUUGUGCAUCAUUUAUAAAAGGCAAAGUUCUUACGCAUCUGCAGAACCUCUCCUUAAGACUGGUGUAAGAUGACAAGGCUUCUCAGAAGGCUGCUGGGAUCGCUAUAGUUCCCUCCAGAGUUGGAACCAUAUUGUUUGCCCUCUGUUUUUCCAGCAUGUGCAUGCAUAUACUCUCUAAAACUUAAAAAGUAGUCUUAGGCACAAAUUGUAGCCGUGUCCACUGUAGAUACAACCCUUUCUCCUGGAUGUUAAGGCUGCCUGUAGGCUGCAUUCUUGAUGCUGGCUGACCAGCUCAUGGUUAGGAGAAAACCUUUGAAUCUACAACUAGUAAGAUGGGUGUUGUUUUAAUAGGAAAAUUGAAAAAUAUUGCUACAGAUGGAUGGAAGGAAUUGUUUCUGCGAAGGAAGAAUUGUUACCAGAUUGAACACUUGCUAUCAAGCUAAGUUUAAGAGAAGGCCCCUUCUAGACUCUUGGCUAAGUUUCUGCAAUAAAUACUUUCUAUCCUAAUGUGCUGGAUUUGUUGGCAGUGGUAGGCCUCUUAACUCCUUCUGUCUAAAUGGUAUGGGUCACCACUGUCAUCUACCUUGGUGCAACCAUUAGACUGUACAGGCAGUUAAUUUAGAUUGUACUUGUGCAUUCUCACCAGCAUAGAUAAUGAUGCAUGAAAUCACAAAAUAGUUGAGGGUAGAGGGGACCACUGUGUUAUCAUCUAGUCCAAUAAACACACCCAUGCACCACCAUUUCAAAAUGGGUAUGAAACAUUUUGAGCUACUCGUCUUCUUUAUCCUGCAUUUGAAUUACAGCAUGCAUAUAAACCAUCACCGCAACUUUGAAGUGUGACUAGACUCAAGAACCCCCUGACACAUGAGCUAAGUUAAUUCUUUCACAUACUCACACACACACAAUAUGGAGCCCUUAAGGCUAAGGCUUUGAUGAACCAUUCCCAAGGUCCCUAAAGCUCAGUUUGGGCUUUAGAAACUAGUACAGGCUAAGAGUCAUUUUUGUCCAGUUUCUUAUCCUGGUGACAAUGCAGUACACUUAAAUAUUUUAUAUGUGUUUGAAAGUAACAAAGUACUUCCUUCCAAUAAGAAAUAAAGACCCACAUGCAAUUUGAAAGCGCUAUGGCUAUUCAUGGUAGCAAGAGAACUACUCUCUAGGUUCAGUGAACGCACGCAUACAUUCAGUUUCCUGGUUUAUAAAGAAGUAAGGCCUGUUCUACUUAUAGUCCUUUACUGGUUUGGGGGUGUGGCAUGGAUUCUUGUUUGUUUUGGUUGGUGUGGUUUCUUGAGGCUGGCGGCAUGGGAGGGAUUUUGUUGGUUGGGAUUUUUUUUUUCAGGUUUUGGAGGAGGGAUUUGGUUGGCUGGGGAUUCUGUUUGUUUUUGUUUUUCAAUGCAUAACAUACAGACAGGUACGCGCCUGGAAUGAAUAACAGGUUUGUUAUCUGCCUUCACAUAAUUAUUUCUGUAAAUGUGCAAGUACUUGUAAUUGAUAGAUUCCAAUUGGAUUUUUUUUAGUACUGUGACAGUCAACUGAAUUAAUAUUUAAACGGUGCUUAAGAGGGCAGGGAUUGAGUAACAUUAUUGCCUAACUAAUUACAUAUGGUUAAGGUUGCUACUCCUGACAUGUGUUUUCUGCCAUACUGUGAUAAACAGAGACUUAAGUCUGCAUUUGAAAUAUAUAGCCCUUUUCAUAUGGAUUUGGUUUUCAAUAUAUAUACAAAUAUAUAUACAUAUAUAGGUAUAUAUGUAUAUAUAUUUGUAAUUUCUACCAUAAAUUUUCAGGGAUUAAAAAUCCUGAGUUAUAUAUAUAGGAACUUAAAGUAAUGGGAUCACAAAAGGCAGGGGAAGGAAAAAAUCCCAUCGGCAAGUGAUAAGGUAUUGCAGAAUAAUUUCUGUUGCCUUCUGUGUAUGGCAAUGAGUAUCACACUGUUUUCAUUGUUAACAAUUCAAUGUCAUGGUUCAUACACACAGUGCUUUCUGUUAAAGCACUGUUUUCUCAGGCUUAAUCUGGUUUUGUGAAGGACUAAAUUAUACCCUGGGAACCUAACAUUAACAAUAUGGGAUGGCUCAAGAGAUUAUGCAGUGAACAGCUGUACUUGCAUGCAGGUUAGAAAGUAUUUUUACUUGUCUUAGUUGAGCACAGCAACUUCACCAGCCUGUAUACUGCUUAGCUGCUUCACUUCGUUGCUGACUGUAACUGACUCCUAUUUGCUGGUGGAAAUUGUGGUACUAGCACCUGGCUUGAAGAGAAAAUGGAGAUAAUUUUCUGCAAAUUUAUUUAUAGCUCUAUUAUGUAUUUACCUGGUUGAAUGGAAAAUGUUAUUUAAAGAUUUAUGCAGAGUGUUAUCAAUCUGGAAUGUCAGUUUAAUUGUCUUUGAAUGGUAGCAGACUGCUUUGUAAUUUAAUAACAGCAUAUUGUUAAGACUGUUGCUACAUUUGUGAUCAAAGACUUUAUCACUGGUGAUGGUAAUCAGAUUAAAUGCUGAUGUAUUACCAUUAUUUUUUAUGUCAUAUGAUAGCACGUACAGUUUGUAUUUUAGAUAGAACAUGCAAGCAGAAACAGUCCUAUCACAUCUGAAACUGUUUUAAGUGCUAUUUAUCACAUUUGUAAAGAGGAAACAUGAUUUAUUCCUUCAUCUGUAAUAAACUAUAAAUUUGACCCAA